AUGCGCUCAGUUCAAAGGGGAUGGUUUACUGAUGUUGUAUUGCAUUGUAGGGCUCACUCUAACGUUUGGUUCUCCCGACCCAGAAACUACGGUAAAGGUUCUCGACAAUGUCGAGUCUGUGCUCACCAAGCUGGACUCAUCAGGGGUCUUGACAUGUGCAGACAAUGUUUCCGAGAGAAGUCCAAGCAAAUCGGUUUCGUCAAGAACAACUAA